UGUCAACAGCGACGAUCCAAACACUGGAGUGAAUGAAGAAGCCUGAUACAGGACAGGAACUCGAUUUCAGCAGUUUGCCUUCUUCCUUCAAUCAUCAGCCUCUAACGGACAAGAAUGUCUCAGUCCGACACCGAAACAGCAGAGGAUGGACUUUACGGUUCCUGGGUUGAGGUAGAGGAGUUGAUUGCAGCUUUGAGCCGAAGCGAGAGUCUGACAGGACCUCAGGAUAGUGUCUCUUCUGCCCUGCAGGGGGAGCAAGAGAGGAUCCUCCUUGAGGCACAACUUGAGUGUGAGAGGAGUAGAGACAGUCCUCCACAGGUGAUGACACCACGCUCCGCUGGUUCUCCCAGACCCAACAGUGAGCAGGACAGUGACUGCAUCCCCAUUCAGGAGGAAUCUGAGCGACGGGGGGACACAGACUGGGUGUGGGACUGGUCCAGUAGACCUGAAAAUAUGCCACCAAAAGAGUUCGUGUUUCAACACCCAAAACAGCCAAGCUCUCUCAGUGUUAGGAAGACAGAGGUGAUGAAAAGAGGAAUUUUCUCAUCCGAUGUUCUCCUCAUUCUUGUUCCCUCCCUGCUGGCUUCACAUCUGCUCACACUUGGUGUUGGCAUCUACAUUGGGAAACGACUGGCCGCUUCCUCAGCUAGCACACUGUGACAUUGACUGUAGACUCAAGUUCCUGUUCAGUCUGUUCAGUUACAGUCUGGUCAAUAAGGUCACAGUCAGCCCUUUCUCCCACACUAACUUGCCCCGUUCCCUUUCCAUGGGACUAACAUAAAAACCUGCCUCCAUGUACCUCUGUCUAUCCAGCAGCACUCUAUUUUUAUUUUUAUCAUAUUUAACUAUAUGUACUGUACAUGUGGUCGGGCCUGAGAAGCUGAUGGACGCUGACCAAUGAGUCAGACUGCGGUCACUAUUACUCUCCAGCAGAGUAACACUGAUCUCAACCAGGUAAAGAAUAAUCAAAGGAAAGGGAUUGCCAAGAUACAAGAGGAAAUAGCGAGGGAACAAUGCAUCCUUUUGUGAAGGGGAGAUGAAAAUGGUUGGAUGGGAACAGAGUGUUCUGAUGAGAUGAGGCAGAUAAUACGUGCUAGCUAUUCUCCCUAUCCUUGAUAAAGCAAAAUGUCUGUUAUUUGUUAAAAGUAAUGACCCUCUGUAUGUCUGAGCUGCUUAAAAGAGGGUUCUUGUUCUUUUUGUCUGCCCUAAUGUCGACUCUAAUGUAAAGACUUUUAGUUGGCUGAGUGAACGUAGAAACGGUUUUGAUUGUGUUUUUUGUUCCAGGAAGCAAUUAAAUCUAUUUGACCUCUGACAAAGACAGUCACGAUCUCAUUAAACUUCACUCCUU